AGCGCGCCGAACACGGUCUUGACACGGUCAGAGCCGCAGCAAGGGGCUUGCCAGACUCCUCUCCUUCCGUCCUCUCCUCCCAGCUCGCCGGGUUGUAGCAUACUCUCUCCCGACACGGUCCUGUGCCAGUCCACGAUGUGCUUUCCGUGCGGGAAACGCAGCGCAUCGCCGCCACCACUGCCUUUGAGCAGGCCAACGCACUCAGACGCCAAUACGCUCAUCAUAGGUGCACAAGGCCGGUCGACUGCUGUCACGCUCACCGGAGACUCCUUGCUUGUUCAGAGAAAUUCGGACAAGCGCUGGCCUCGUGUCGAGAGCAAUGUACAUCAUGUCCUUUGGGCUGAGCUCAAGGGAGGACUCUUCAACCUUUCCUUCCUCGCUAGGCGAAAUGCGAAGUCCCCCCUCGCCCUUGUGCAUGUCUCAGGUAGCGUACGGAUGGACGAGGUAGAGCAUGCGGCAUUGUUCGCGACAAGGUUGAUGGACAAGGCGUACGCGGGUGUUAAGCGGCAUAAGAAGCUGAAGAUCUUGAUAAAUCCCAAGAGCGGACCGGGCAAUGCAAUUGCUCAUUUUAAUGAGCGCAUUGAACCUGUGUUUCACGCAGCACGUUGUAUUGUUGACUCGACAUUCACGAGCUACGGUGGACAUGCCCGUGAGCUCAUGAGGGAGCUUGAUCUGGAUCAAUACGACGCAGUCGUAGUCGUCUCCGGGGAUGGUUCAAUCCAUGAGGUCAUCAAUGGUUUCGCUGAGCAUAGAGAUCCGGAACGAGCCUUCCGCAUACCUAUCGCGCCUGUGCCGAGCGGGUCCGGAAACGGCCUUUCAUUGAAUAUCCUAGGAAUGCAGGAUGGAUACGACGUAUCUGCAGGUGCCUUGAAUGCCAUCAAGGGCCGCCCGAUGCACAUUGACUUGAUGUCUGUCGCGCAGAAUGGUCACAGAACGUUCUCUUUCUUGUCACAAACCGUCGGUCUGUUCGCAGACUUGGACCUAGGAACGGAAUGGAUGCGCUGCUUGGGCGCAACGCGUUUCGUGCUUGGGUAUAUCUUUGGAGUUCUCCGGAAGACGCGCUGUCCGGUGCAGCUAUCGUUGAAGGUCGUAGAAAGCGAUAAGCGCAAGAUGGUUCAGGAUCUCAACGCAUAUCGUGCCAACGCAAAAGCACAGUACAGCCAGCACUCCUCAUUACCGCCUUCUUCCCCGGCUCCUACACCAUGGACAGCAACGACAGGCUACGAGUCGACGAUUGGAGGGACGACUGUCAACUCAACCACACCUCUCGAGCCGAAACGACCAUCAGUGGUGUCGGAACCGGAUGCGGAUGGCUGGGUGACGUUCAUGAAGCCGCUGUCGUUUGUAUACGCAGGGAAGGGCUCGUAUGUCUCGAAAGACUUGAUGCAGUUCCCGGUGUCUAUACCGGACGACGGGCUGCUUGAUGUCGUCGCCCAGGAGCUUUCCACUCGGAAAGUGAUGAUCGACGCCAUGGCAGGCUCGGAGAGUGGUGACCAAUUCUGGAUGGACACGCAACAUUACUUCAGGGCGACCGCCUACCGUGUUGAACCGUACAAGGCGAACGGCUGCUUCUCCGUCGAUGGGGAGAGCUAUCCCUUCGCGAGUUUCGAGGUGGAGUGCCACCGCGGGUUGGCGACUGUUCUCAGUCCGUGUGGCUAUUACCAAGCGGAGUUCCACCUCCCGGAAGACGCGCCGAGGAAGUGACGAACUGCUCUCUGGUUGGGGCUUUAACUUAUCUAUAGGUGUAUGUGGUCGCGUGUGGGACACACUGGUGUCGUCUCGGACUCUGCUUUGCUGUGCUUGAGCUGUCACUCCUUUCGUUGUUGUUUUGCUUAGGUAGUGUACAUUUGGGUAUUAACGCCGUAGGCUGGAUGUAUAGAUCCGUUACAGCAGGACUUGAUGUCAUAGAUGUGUGGGGGCGAGACAUCAGAUGGCGUGCGCCUGGCAUCUGCACACCCCCGGAUGGUAUCGCCUCCGGUGGCGAUCCAUUUACAUUGGAGGAGCUCGGGAUGCUGUAUACUACCUACAGGCGGAACGUCGUACAGUCGCUCUUCGCGGGCGGCAAAUAAGGCCUUCAUAUAUUACAAGCGCUACUUAAUGAAUCCCCACAAGCACCCUGA